CACUGUGCGUUGUCGUCCAUCCAACGAAAAACCAUGCUCCAAGCCGCCGUUCGCUCGGUCGCCCGCUCUGCCCUCAGGCCGUCCUCUGUGGCCGUCCGCGCCCUCUCCACGACGCCUGCGCGUCGCUCUGGUGGUGGUGCCCCCCAGCUCUUCGGUCCUGGUGCGAAGCCGGGUGAAAUAGCGACGGAUGACGUCCAGGCGACCGGUCUUGAGCGCAUUCAGGUGCUGGGUGAGAAGGAGGGUAUUGAGGUGUUCGACUUCAAGCCGCUCGAGUCGAGCAGGAUUGGCACUCUCGCCGACCCGAUCAAGGUCCUCUCUUGGGAGCCCAACCGUAUCAUUGGCUGCACUGGUAGCCCUGCUGAGUCGCACGAGCUCCUCUGGAUGAACCUCACCGCUCAGAAGAACAGGCGCUGCCCCGAGUGCGGCUCAGUGUAUGCCCUCGACUACAAUGUCAACGAAACUCUGCAGCUGCACGAGCACUAGACCUGUUUUCGGGUUUUCCACUGCCUUGUAGACCGCAUGUACAGAUCAAUCCAGUCCUAAUUCCUCUAGAUGGAUCUCAAUUGUUGUACUGCGGUAUGUAACCAGUACACUACUGG